AUGUUUGGCAGUCAAUUUCAGACCCAGCCGUUCGGUCAGUCGACACCGGGCUAUUAUCCGCACAUGACGCCCCAACAGCAGCAGCAGCAUCAACAGCAACACCACCAGCAGAACCAGUUUGCUUGGCUGCAGUAUCAGCAGCAAAUGUUGCAAGCACAGCAAUACUACGGGCAGCAGCAGCAGCAGCAGCAACAGGUUCAAUCUUCGCCGGCAAGCGAGAUGGGGCCGGGCCUCGACAGCCGUCGACGCACCUCAUCCACUCCUCAACGUCCGGCCAACGUCACCUACAACGACACAUUCCGUCGCGACCAGCAGCAAGCUGCCCCCGCCCUUGCCUUCCCCGGUGUCUCGUACGCGGCCGGCGUGCCUCAGCUCAACUCGAUGCGCAGCUUCAACGGUCAGCCGAUGGCCGCUGCUCAGUUUGGCCAAAUUGCUCCCUCUGGCCAUUCCGCCUCGUCGUCCGUAUCAUCGGCAGGCGGUUUCCAUCCUUACCGCAGGACACAACGUGGAACCUCGGAUGUUGGCACAAACAACACGCAACACUACACCAACACCGCUGCAGCCACGCAACCCGUGGUCGCACCUCGCAUUCGCACUGCAAGCACAGCUUCGCAGACUUCCUCGCGCGAAACCUCGCCCAUGCUCGCCGCCGAGCGUAAACGUGGCUUUGCCGCAAUCCCUUCCUCCAACUCCACGCCGGGCUUGCCAAACGGCCAUGGCGCCAAAAGCACACCCUCACCGACCAGCUCAUCUCAGGCUGGUCUCUCUCAUCUGCGUGGCGCACCGCCACGGACCAACAGCCAGUCUUCCAUUGGUUCCGACGUCUCUUCGAGGACCGCUACCGCCUCUAGCGCUGCGGGUGCCGGUGCGGGUGCCGGGGCCAACGCAUCCGCUCCCAUUCACCAACGAUCGAACUCGUCUGCAUCGAUUCAAUCGACCAGCAGCUCCCAGCGUGUCCAGCCGCCCAGCAUCAUCAACUCCAAGAAGCCGUCGCCCUUGUCCAGACAAGCCGCAAAGGACGACGAUGACGAGGCCGUCUACGGCGGCAGCGAUGACGACCGCGUCAACGGCGGACGCUCCACCCCCAUGCCCGGCUAUGCUCCCAAAGCAUCCAAAAAGACUGGCCUCUCGAGCAAGCUUCGCAAGGCCCUCUCCUUCUCCAACAUGAACGACAUCCAAGACAACGCGCCUCACGGCACGUCGUCCGCUGCCGCUGCUAGGCGUCCCCAGAACGGUGUUUUCGGUCGUGACCUCGGCGGUCUGCCCAACUCGUCGGGAGACACCAACGCAUCCACAGGGUCGACUCGCUCCACGUCGCCUCCACGAACGCCCGACAACGGAGCCGCCCUUCCUGGCUCGUCGGCUGCUUCCAUCACUUCGCGACGCGGCACACGUCCUCCGCUCUCGGGCAACAACGACGGCAAGCGCAGCAUCUUCAACCGCAAGUUCAACUCUUCCACCGACAACAUCUCGAUCUCGUCGACCGUCUCUAGCGCGUCGGUCAUGCUGCGCAAGGUGGGCAACCUCGGCAAGCUUGCACGACGCCACUCGCUCAUGGGCCUCACCAACAUGUUCAACAAGGACAAGGACGGCCGAGACGGCAUGGACGCGGACUCGUUCGGCACCAUGCCUACGGCCUCGGACGAUUCGGCCAUCAACACCAAAUCCAAGAAGGUUCCCAAGAGCAAGAAGGGCACUCCUUCGAGUGCAUCCAUCACGCACGCCACCGUCGAGCUCGAGAGUGGUCGUGCCACGGAUGCAGGCAUGACUCCGGCUGCGUCGUACGUGCGCCAGCAUCAGCUUCAGAUGCAGGCGCAAGCCGAAGCGGAGGCGCGUGCUACCCGUGAACGCCAAGAGUCCGACGCCAGAGCACGCGAGGCGGGCGAGAACCGUCAAAAGAUGAUCGAAAAGGAAAAGGAGAGGCUCAAGUCGAAACGCGGCUGGCGCAAGAAGUUCGGCAGCAGCGGCGGCAGCAUCAGUUCCAUCACUUCGGAUGCACCGACCGGGCUCGAGACCACGUACGCCGAGCCAGAGCAGUACGUCGAUGCUGCCGACGGCCAGCACAACGGCGAGCCGCUCGUUUCCGCUGCGCCGCCUCAGCUGUCAAUGCCGUACGGCGAAGACGGUGGAUUCGAGAACUCGUUCGAGAGCGAGCUGUUCGAGCCACCCCACAUGCCCGCCGCUGGUGGUAUGGGCGGUGAAGACUCUGGCGACGAGCUCGAAACCGACAGCCUGCGUCACUGGGGCGAAGGCAUCGAGAGAUCGCGCGCCAGUGCAGCGCAGUUCAAGAACCCCAAGGGCAUCCUCAAGAAGACGGCCUCGACGCCCGACCUUUCGCUCAGCGGCGGCUUCGAGAAGCCGUUUGCUGGCCGCAUCCGCGCCAACUCGUACGAUGCACCUCAGGCCACUCCGGCAGCAUCCGGAAUGCCCAGCUCGAACACAAUGACCAACAUUUCGAGCAACGCGGCUGGCGUCGAGCGCCUCGACGGCGUAGGCGCCAAGACGGAUUCGCCUGUUUCCUCUCGACCCGGUUCGCGCACUGGCGACGCACUUCCGGCGCGAUCAGCCUCGCCCGGAUCGAUCCAGCACGCAGGCGGCGUGCUGGGACACCACUCGAACUCGUCGAUGCCGACGCUGUCGUUGAUGAUGGAUCCAUCCGCCGACUUUGUGCCGCAGCGUUCGGUGACGGCGCCAACGCAAGCCAGGAAGAAGCUUGUGUUUGCCGACGAUCUGAUCUUCCACUCGACGUGGCCGGCAACGGUCUACGACCGACGUGGCGAGCAGGCGACGUGCAACCGACUGACACCAUUGCUGGCGCAGCGCAUCAAGGAAGAGCUCAACACGUACAAGAUGGAGGAGAUGGCCGUGGCGCCUUCGAGUCGCAUCUACACGCACUUUUUCGUCUAA